AUGGCUAAGAAAGGAGGCGUGUCACAAGAGGUGAAGGUACCGAAAUCUACAUCACAAUCGAAUAACAGUAUACAGAAAAAAAGAAAGCCAGAACAACCUUUGGAAGAUGAAGAAUCAGAAGAUGAAUUAAAUGUGGAGGGAUUAAUAGAUGCGGAAAGUGAUGAUGAAGAAGAAGAAAAAGAAGAAGAAGAAGAAGAAGAAGAAGGAGAAGUAGAAUCAGUAGAAGGAGAUGACGACUCAGAAGUAUCAGAAGAAUAUGAUGAAGAACAAUUAGAAGAAUUGAGUCAAUCAGAUUUUGAUUCAGAAGAAGAACUUAAUAAAUUAUUAGGAGAAGAAGAUGAUCCAAGUGAUUAUGAUUCAGAUGAAUUUUCAGAUGAACCACAAGAACAAGAAGAAUUAGAUGAUGUAAACAUAAAGAAUUUAUCAGUACAAGAUCCAUCUCAAUUAGAUAUACAUACAAAAUAUUCAGAUGGUAAACCAAGAAUAAUUAAACCAGAAAUCGAACCAAUUUAUGAUAGUGAUGAUAGUGAUGCUGAAAAUUUCAAUACUAUAGGUAAUAUUCCAAUAUCUGCAUAUGAUGAAAUGCCUCAUAUUGGGUACGAUAUAAAUGGUAAAAGAAUAAUGAGACCAGCAAAAGGUUCAGCAUUAGAUCAAUUAUUAGAAAGUAUAGAUUUACCAACUGGUUGGACAGGUUUAUUAGAUCAAAAUACAGGUACUUCUUUAAAAUUAUCAGAUGAAGAAUUAGAAUUAAUACGUAAAAUUCAACAACAAGAAAAUACAGAUGAAAAUAUAAAUCCAUAUGAACCAUUAAUUGAUUGGUUUACUAAAAAUGAAGAAGUUAUGCCAUUAACAGCAGUUCCAGAACCUAAAAGAAGAUUCGUACCAUCUAAACAUGAAGCUAAAAGAGUUAUGAAAAUUGUAAGAGCUAUAAGAGAGGGUAGAAUAUUGACACCAGAACAAGCAAAAGAAGCAAGAGAAAAACAAGAUACCGAUGAUUUAAAUUUCGAUUUAUGGGAAAAUGAAAAUGAUAUACCUGAUCAUAUAAUGAAUUUAAGAGCUCCAAAAUUAUUACCACCAACUAAUGAAGAAAGUUAUAAUCCACCAGAAGAAUAUUUAUUUAAUGAUGAAGAAAAACAAAAUUGGUUAUCAACAGAUCCAAUUGAUAGAGAAACUAAUUUUAUACCACAAAAAUAUAAAUCUUUAAGACAAGUUCCAGGAUAUCAAGAAAGUGUAAGGGAAAGAUUUGAAAGAUCUUUAGAUCUUUAUUUAGCUCCAAGAUUAAGAAAAAAUAAAUUAAAUAUUGAUCCAGAAAGUUUAAUACCAGAAUUACCAUCACCAAAAGAUUUAAGACCAUUUCCAAUACGUUGUUCAACUAUAUAUGAAGGUCAUACUGGUAAAAUUAGAACAUUAUCGAUAGAUCCUCAAGGGUUAUGGUUAGCCACUGGGUCCGAUGACGGUAGUGUUAGAAUUUGGGAAGUAUUAACUGGUAGAUGUGUUUAUAAAGCUCAACUUAUAAAUAAAGAGCAUAAUAGCGAUGAUAAGAUUGAAAGUUUGGAUUGGAAUCCAGAUUCAACAACUGGUAUUUUAGCAGUUGCUGCCGGUGAAAAUAUCUAUCUUAUUGUCCCACCAAUUUUUGGGUUUGAUAUUGAAAAUACUGGUAAAUUAAGAAUUGAAACAGGUUGGGGUUAUGAUACAUUUGGUAAUAAAAAGCAAGAUAUAGAUGUAGUAGAAGAUGAUGAAGAAGUUAAUGAAUUAAAAUCCAAAAACUCCACCACCACUACAAAAAAGGAAGUAUCAAAAUGGAUAAACCCUAACUCAACACAACAAUCAAUGGGUAUUUCAGCAAUAAUACAAUGUAAAAAAGAUAUUAAAAAAAUUUCAUGGCAUAGAAAAGGUGAUUAUUUCGUAACUGUAUCACCAGAUUCUAAAAACACUUCAGUACUUAUUCAUCAAUUAUCAAAACAUUUAUCACAAUCACCAUUUAAAAAGACAAAGGGAAUAAUAAUGGAUGCAAAAUUCCAUCCUUUUAAACCACAAUUAUACGUAGCUUCACAAAGAUCUAUUAAAAUAUAUGAUUUAUCUCAACAACAACUUAUAAAAAAAUUAUUACCUGGAGUUAGAUUAUUAUCAACAAUAGAUAUACAUCCAAGAGGUGAUCAUUUAUUAGCUUCAUCUUAUGAUAAGAGAGUAUUAUGGCAUGAUUUAGAUUUAAGUGCUACUCCAUAUAAAACAUUAAGGUAUCAUGAUAAAGCAGUUAGAUCUAUUAAAUAUCAUAAAGGAACAUUACCAUUAUUUGCAAGUGCUUCAGAUGAUGGUAAUAUUCAUAUUUUCCAUGGUACUGUUUAUGAUGAUUUAAUGACAAAUCCAUUAUUAGUUCCAUUAAAGAAAUUACAAGGUCAUAAAAUUAUAAAUCAAAUUGGAAUAUUGGAUAUUGUUUGGCAUCCUAAAGAAGCUUGGUUAUUUAGUGCUGGUGCUGAUGGUACUGCUAGACUUUGGACUACAUAG